UUUAUAAAUAAAUAAAAAUAAAUUGAUUAUACAUGAGGUUCACAAUAUUACAUUGUGAUUUCUGAAGGAAUCUGAUAAGGAGUAGAGAUAAACAGAGUGUCUAUAAGGAUAUUAAGAAGAAAAUUUGUCUACAUUUCAAAACUAUAAAUAGAAUUUUUAUUUAAGUGUACAAGACUGUUCAUUUAUAGGUAGAAUAAUUGCAGUAUUUUUAUUUUAGUAAAAAAUAAGUGGACGUUGUAAAAUAGCUUUAUGUAUAUGUAAACAACGUUAAUUAUAAGUCGAUAGAACAUAAAUUAGUUGAGUUAUAUGUUUUGCCAUACAAACAUAAAGAUUAUACUCGACGACACACCUUAGUGAUACUAAAAUAAUGAUAGUAAUAAUAAUAAUAAUAAAUAAAAAUAUUGUGUGAUAAAGGUAUUUCCAACAUAAUUCAGAUGAUAACUUGGCAAAAGCCUUUGUUUAGAGUAAAUGCGUUGGCAACACUUAUACGUAAAAGAGAAUGGAAACAUCUAAAUCCGACUUGAAGUUGCAUGUAUGUAUGUAUGUAUGUAUGUGUGUAUGUAUGUAUGUACGGUAGUUUUGCUGAACGAGUGACUUCCGAAGAAAUGAUUUCUUAUAUGUAUGUAAUAUGAAACGAAGAAAACUAGUUAAUUCUUAAGUAUGCAGUGUUUAUAUUAAUAUAAUCAGUUUCUUAGCGAUAACAGCCUAGGGUGAAUAGAAUCCUCUUAACAAGACGGCAUGUUUGUAAGAAUCUGGUUGCGAAUUCUCACGGGGGAUGAAUGAGGAAGAAUUAUUGAAACGGUCUGCUGCAGAGCGAGAUAGAAUAUUUAGCUGCUACGACCGUGGUAGAGAAAAUGGAGCAGAAAUCGAUCCUUGGGAAGAUCCUACCUUUGAAGUAUAUCAUACCACAGACAGAUAUGGAUUCAUACAUGACAAACGUUUGCCACAAAAACCAGAUCCUAAUGAGAUUAAGACUCACCGGGUGGAAAUGGAAAGACUAAAAAAAUGGGAGAAAAUGACAAAACAAUGGGAUAGUUCUUCAACUAAGGAAAAAUUAAGGCGCAGAGUAUAUAAAGGAAUUCCUAAUAGAUUUCGUGGUCAAGUGUGGGCAUUGUUAUUGGGUAUUAAAAAUUUAAAGAAAGAACAAGCUGGUAAAUAUGAAGAGAUGUUACAACUUGCACGUAAAUGGUCUACAGAAAUAAGACAAAUCGAUGCUGAUGUAGCUAGACAAUAUAGAGAUCAUAUCAAUUAUAGAGAAAGGUAUAGCAUAAAACAACGAUCUAUGUUUUAUGUAUUGGCUGCCUAUAGUAUGUACAAUAUGGAAGUGGGUUAUUGUCAAGGGAUGUCUGUAUUAGCUGGAUUACUUUUAUUGUAUAUGGAUGAAGAAGAUGCAUUUUGGGGUCUUUCUGUGUUGCUUGCUGAUAAAAAAUAUACCAUGCAUGGAUUUUAUGUUGACGGAUUUCCAAAAUUAAAUCGUUUCAUAGAGCAUCAUGAUAAAAUUAUGAAUAAAUUUUUACCAAAAUUAAAACGGAAACUCGAUAAAUGUGGUUGUGAUUCUAUUCUUUAUGCGCUAAAAUGGUUUUUUGUUGUUUUCCAAGAGAGGACACCUGUGAGCCUCGGACUUCGAAUUUGGGAUAUAUUUUUAUUAGAUGGGGAUCGCAUUUUACCUGCUAUGGCAUACACGGUCAUGAAAAUGCAUAAACGUUUUCUUAUGCCGAUGGAAAGUUUAGAUGAAUUUUGUAAUUAUUUGCAAAUUAAAUUAGAAAAAGAUUUUUGCUUUGAUGAUGAUACAGUAAUAAGUACUAUGGAACGUAGUAUGGAAGAACUAAAACGUGCCAAGUUGGAUUAUCCUGGCCCUCCCUUACCACACGAAUUACCACGAUUCCCAUUUGGCACAUUUAAGGAACCUACUUUUGCAAGCAAGGUUGGGAGACGUACUGAAGAAUUUAGCGAAGCACAACACGUAAUGCGAGAAUCUAUAACACAACGUAGAGAUCUUGUACUCGCUGAUGACGGUAGAGAAAGUACAACACCGGUUGAACAAACCAGUUGUGGUCUUGGCGGAAGCAAAUUCUCAUUUGAUCCAAGUCUUGAUGAUGGGGCCUCUCCCAAUGGCUCACGCCGGUCAUUGGCAGAUACAUCUGUUACCUCGACAGCUGACCUUUCUGUAUUUAGUUCGGCGACACGGUCUCAAGCGUUAGACAAUAGUCUUGAUACUCAAAGUAAUAUUUCUAAUGCUAGCUCUGGCAGUGGUGGUUUACCCACACCUAGGGCAACGCCUCAUCAACCAAGUCCAGAUGUUGUACGAAUUUAUGUACCAUAUACAUCGCCUAUGUCUGGCUCAUACAAAGAUGAUCUUCCGCGUACACUUCCGCGGUCUUUAGAAACAAAUAGAAUCCGCAUACGUGUCGAUCCUGAUCAAACACCAAUAGUGGAAAAUUUAAAACCUUUUUCAUUAGAGAGUCCAGAAGUCGAACUAGACUUGAAAUAAUUAAUCUAUUCAUUCGAUAGUUAUAGUAUUUCAUGAUGCAGAAAAUGAUUCAUGACAUUGCAAUGAGUAUUAAACGAGGAUUUAGAUAAACAAAAGUUUUAUCAUUUGUUUUAUCUAUAUCUACAUUGUAAUAUACAUAAAGAGGUAGUAGUAAAAACAAAUGUUAAUUACAAUAGGAACGAGAGAUGAAUAAUGAAUGUUGAAACGUGCAUAUACGUACUAUUAUCUUAUUUCCUUGAAAUAGGCGAAAGGAUUUAAAGUAAAUGUCUUCAUCCAGAUAGAAAUCUGUGUAUGUUAUAUGCACUAAUUACGAAUAAUUGUAACCAUUCGCAUCGAACGAAACUUAUUGCACUGUUGCGAUGGCCUAAUUUACGUUUAUAGUCAAACACGAAUUAUUUAAAAUGUAUAAUAGAGAAUUAUCAUUUUCAAUACAUGUAUAUUAUUCCUAAUCAAACGAUCAACGAUAUUUUAAAUAAUGAAAUUAUAUCUAUAUAACUUAUCGCAUAAUUCUAAAGAUAACUGCAUAAUAUUCGUCAUAAAUUCAAGUUAUACUUCAAAGAACAAUAAGAUGAUGGAACUUUAUGCAGAAGGAUAACGAAUUAUAUACUAACAUUAUUUGUAAUAUUUGGUAGAUAUUUGAAAGAAAAUUUUGAACUAUUAUAUGAAGAUUAAUAUGAAUGUAAGACAUUACAACAGCAUAACGAAUAGGUAUGUAAACUUUUAGCGUAAUGUAUAGAUAAUUUUUAAAGUAUAUGUUUUUAAAUCCCUCCCUCUGACGAACAGGAUAUACAAGAUAUUUUGGGGUAUAAUAAAAAAUUGGCCAUCAUACAUAUGUAUAAAAAUAUGAGUCAAUUUUCCAUAGUAAAUGUAAUACUAGAAAAAAAGAUAUUUUUGUUACUAUGAACAUAUAAAAUCCGUUGAAUAACGAUUAUUAUAUUUUCAAUAUUGCGUAUAUUUCUCGGAAAAUUUCUAGAACUAUUGAUACAUUAUGUACAUUACAUUGGUAUGGUAUGAAAAGAAUAUACAUAAAGUUCCAUACUCUAGAAGUAUUUAACAAGCAAAUAAUUUUACAUUAUAGAUAUUGAUGGAUAUUUAUUCUUUUAGUAAUUACAGAUAGAUUAACAUUACAAGGACAUUGUUUUAGAAUUUUAUUUUCACGCAAAUCUUUAAACGUUGUAUAUUCUAGUUUAUUAUUAGAUGAUGAAAUCAUACAACAGAAAUUUAUGUUUUAUAUCUCAAAAUAUUUAAUAUUAUUUAGCAUAAAAUCAACUAAAGUUGUCAGGUAUUGUUAAUAAAUUUGAAUUUUUAUAUUAUGCAUCAUUCUAAGACAAACUGUAUAGUUUAAAUCAUUGUUAAUUAGUUAUUUUGGGAACAAUUAUAAGUUGGUAACAUAUUAUUUGUUCAAUGUCAACAUAGAAACAACAAAAUUUUAGUUAAUAGAUUAUCAUAAGAUAAUGAUCAUAUCUUCUCAAAGAAGAUACAUUCUAUUAAUGAGUUAAGUACUAUACUGCCACAGUAAUAUUAGUACUUUAUUUAUUUUAAGUUCCGUUCUUUUAUAACGAUCAAUGAUAUAUGUAUUGUUGUACAUACGUAGUAUUUAAAGAUGGAAAAAGAGGAAUCUUUCAUUACGCAGUACUUGAAAUAGAUUCCUGAAUGAAAAAACUUGCAAGGUAUUUGUUAGAACUUUUGCCAAGGAAUGUGAAUACUGAACAGUUUUUCUGAUAUGCUACAUAUUUAUUGUUUAAAUGUACAAAGACAUAAUUUAGAUUAAAGUAACUACAAUCGAAAAACAUGCUUCAUACUAAUUGGUUCUGUAAAACAUUCCUGGACAUACAGUAUUUCACCAUGUAUAUAGAGUAUGAAACUUAUUAAAUAUUGUCGUGAUAAUAUAAACCUGAUAGCAAUCACUUGUUAUAUUUACUAGCAUAAGGUAAUAUUUGUUAAAUAAAUAUUAAAUGUUAAUGGUUCGAAUCUUUAUUGCAUUGUAAAAAAAGAUCAACCAAAUGAUGUACAGUUCUAUAGUGAUACUGUCUUGUGGUUGCAUAACAUUAAAUUUUCAGGAAAAUUGAAGUAAAACAGAACGAUUACCUUAUAUACAAAAUAUUAAAAGACAUGGAAUUGCAUAGAUGCAUAAAGAUCUAGCGAUAAAUAAAAUAAAAAAAAAAGAAAAGAAGUUACGUAAAUUUACCUUGGAAAAAUACAUUCCUUUAACUUGCAUUAAAAUUAAGAAAUACAGUUCUUCGUCAAUUUUUAGGCUUAUUCAUACUUAAAUUGCUAUGCUUAUACAUAAAUAUCCUUAUACAUUAAGUUGAAAAUAAGUAAUAAAUAUAUUCGCCGAUCGAAAAACGUCACAAAUGCCUUUUAUUCUUUGAUGUUAAUAAUGCGAAAUGUAACAUUAAUAAAUUGUUCAAACUUGAAUAUUUUACCUUCGUGAAGGUUUUAGAUAUGCAAUGUAUCAUUUCAGAUUGACCAAAUUAAUUUUCUCAGAUUUAUUUUUUUAUGGAUGUAUUCAUUAAAGUAUUUUAGAAACGAAUCAAUUUAAUAAUCAAACAGAUUUGUAUAACAAAAAACAAUGAAGUAUAUUAUAUAAUUUUAUUCGCAAGUAAAUGUAUAAAUAACAUGUUUAAACCAAAAAUGAUAUUUAAUAUAAAGGAAUUAGAGUAGAAAUUUGAGACAAGAAUCUUAUAAUGCCUAGAGAUUAUAACUAUAAUAUGUAUCAAGUAUUAAGCUCAGUAAGUGAUGUUUCUUCUACUAUUGAAACAAUAUCUGUAGACUGGAACAUGAAUUGUGGAUAACUGAUUUCACAUUACUAUUACAGUAAAAAUUACAAUGCCCUUAUUAUUCAAUAACACAAAGUUUCAAUACAAGUUUGUUUUAAUUAAGUAGAACUUAAAAUGGACAAAUAUACGUUAAAAAGAUGUAUUCAUGGCUUUGUUCAAUAUUCACAUUCAUAUUAAUGCAUUACAGAGAUAGAUUAAAGUUCAAAUGAGAUAUUUGAUGAAACAUGUGUAUGUAUUUAAAGUUGUACUCCGAGUCGAUAUUUUUUUUAUACAAGAGUCGAAAAGGCGUACUAUAUAAUAAUGUAGGCUUCAGUAUAGUAUUUGUAGGAUGUUUAAAAAAGCAAAUACAAUUCGAUAAUCCAAUAUGCAAACUUCUUGAUGCCUGAUGACAUAAUCACGUUGUAAAUUGAUUGAAAUUAUCAAAAUAAUAAAUAAUGAAAAUCGUA